AAUAAAGUGCUAAAUAGUACAUUUUAGGUACUUUCAUGUACAUGUCUAAUUAUUUAUGGACUUAUCUACAUCUAUGAUGACUAAAAUCCUUUAGUUAAGGCUAUUAGACUUUAGUAUCUACCAAACUGACCAAAGGCUAUAUCGUAUAUAUCUAUAUAAAUUUCAUAUUAUCAAGUGUACAUAGUUCUAGAUUUUAAAAUCAAAACCAGUUAGUGAAAAACACCCCAUUUUUAUCUUUUUUUAAAAAAAAUAAAGAUGUACAUUAUUGAACCGCUUGAGCCACUUAAAAAAUAUUAUGCUAAAAGUAUUUCAUUAUUUUCAAUCAAGCCAAACAUUCAGUGGAGACUAUUAUAGUGCACGUCUACAGGGCUUGAAAGCUAGGGAGUUCCCUCGAGUAUUGGGUAUUUUCUUGUACCUGGUGGCUUACGCAAGUAAAUCCCCACCCCCCUCAGAAUGAGUAGUGGAAGAUUGCCUCCACCAGAACCUGUUAUAGAGCUAUCUACCACAAGUCCAGUGACUAGCUUAGCCUUCAGCCCCCACAGAGCUCUAGGUGAAUAUGAAGUAACUCUUUAUUCGGGUCACCAAGACGGGAAGGUAAUAAAAUGGAAUUGGGUAACAAGGAGACCAGAGUCUUCAACAAUGGCCCAUGGAGAAUCUAUCAUUUGGCUAAUGUGUGUAGCUGAGAAACUUGUUAGUCAAGGUCGAGAUGGUGUUGUCAAAUUCUGGAGUGUAACUGAUCCAGAAUGGACUGUGAUUGGUGAGAUCCCUUGUGCAGCUUUGAUUUUCUGCAAUAGUUCAAUUUGCAUCUUCAACAACCAACAUCUGUUAAGUGUCCCAAGUGAUAGUGUGGGACAAGUAACUACACAUUGUCUGGAGCAGCUUUUACCUGAAUCAUCACACAUUGUCCACUUGUCCACUCCCAUUCGGCUGCACCACAAGGACACUAAAUCACAUGGAAUGUGUAUGCGCAUAAAAAGUGAAGCUGACAAAGUACCAUCACCAUAUCUUUUUGUGGCUUAUGAAAGUGGUACAUUGACAAUGUGGGAUCUUCUUAGAGGAGAAAUUUUAACAGAAAUCAGUGCUCAUGAAGAAAGCAUAAUGUGCAUGGACUGCUGGGCAGGUAUAGACACUGGCACCAUUAAAUGUAUCACUGGUUCUGUUGACAAGCAACUUAAAUUGUGGCAAGUGGAUAACCUCCUGCUGACUCAUAAAAAAACUGUCAAAGUGCUUAAUCCUGGUAUGGGGAGCAUAUCUGUGAGAGCAGAUGGAAAAAUCAUAGCUGUGGGCGGUUGGGAUGGAAGAUGUAGAUUGUUCAGUUUAAAAAGUAUGAAAGCAUUGGCUGUCUUAACAUUUCACAGAAGCUCUGUGCAAUGUGUAGCGUUUGCUUCAAAUAACUAUUUAGCAACUGGUUCCAAGGAUGGUUACAUUGCUGUAUGGAAUAUUUACAAUACAUGAGUAUAUAAAGUUUAGGAGAUGCAUCUUAUUUCCAUUUUGAGACCCUUAAGUCUUUAGAUGAAGUGGAGCAAUGAAAAUUCAACCUUAAGUGACCUCAAGAUUGUGUUCUGGUUGCAGAUAAUGGCUGGACAUUUUGAUAUAUAUUUUGAACACCAUUGACUGCAAGUGUUUCUCAAAAAUGCAAAAUACCUACAUUUGAUUUCUUGUUAAUUCAUGGCUCAAUAAUUUUGUAAGGUUAUUGUCAUAUUUACUCUCCCAGAAUGCAGAAAGCCUACUUUUAAAUGUGAUUAACUGUCAAUAGAUGCUAUGUCUCACUGCUGUGCCUACACACACUCUACACUUUUAUUUUAUUAAAAAAUUGUUCAUCAAUCCAUGCAUAAAACCUCUUUUGCAUAUUUUUUUUUUAUAAA